UACUUUUAUUAUCAGGAGAACUUCUCAAUUGGAGAUUGGUUUGAGUUUGUGUGGAGUACUACACGAGGAAUCAGGAAGGAUAUUACACAACAGAAUCUAGCGGAUACAGUCAGUGUAAGUUUGGUUGAAAAGUGCGCACGCUUCCAUAUAUUCUGCGCGGAGCGGCUUUGUGAGGAGGACGCGCAUGAUUUUGCGCCCAAACUGAACAACGAGAACCUGACUAAAUGUCUUCAAAGUCUCAAGCAUAUGUAUUACGAUCUUAGUUUGGAAAAUGUUGAAUGUGAGAGGGAGGUUGAGUUUAGAAGUUAUGAGAUACUUUUAAACCUUAACGAAGGAGAUACACUCAGAGAAGUUCAAACCCUGGAGGAAAAUGUUAGAAACCAUCCAAGUGUUGUUCACGCUCUUAAUAUCUUCUAUGCGCUCAACAGUAACAACUACGUCAGAUUUUUCCGUCUUGUAAAAGCAAGCACCUACUUGGAGAUGUGUAUACUGAAACGAUAUUUUUAUCAGGUUCGUGUGAAAGCUCUGGAGAUCAUGAUAAAAUCCUUCCUAGCUCCUAAACAGAUACUCCACUAUUCACUCCAGAAGAUCGUAGACCUACUCCUCUUCGAAUCAGCCUCCGAGUGUGCAUCCUUCCUUCGCGCUCAUGGAGUUGAAUCCGAGGUUGAUGACGAUAUCGUUUUCAUGGAGAGACUGGCCUUCCACUUCCCGGAGACCCAGCCUCCGAUGAAGAGAUCCCAGAGGUUGAUUGACUCCAAGAAGACAUGCUCGUUCGGUGAAAUCGUUAACGGAGCUCCGCUUCCUCAGAAUCCUUAUUUGACUUAUACUCCACACUCCAGCUUCGAUGCUCAGGGAUAUUUAAAACCUGAGUCCUACGAGGCUAAAGAUCAGGUCGCCAAACAGUCUCCCGAGGAAUUAUCUCGUCUGAAGGCCGCCGAGGAAAGGAAAGUUCGUCUUCAAUCCUACUCGACUCAGGUUGUAGAGGAAAUCACUGACGAAGUGAGCAGUGCAGAGAUUGUGAAGGUUGCACAAUCUGUACUACGAGAUAUUCGCAUUCAAGCUGAAGCUGACCUUGUCUACUCCAGGCUAGAGACGGAUACUGUGAAGGAAGAGAUUGUGUCCAUCUGUUUCGGGGAGAUUAAAGAGUCCAAGAACAAUCUCCUUCUCCAGAGGUUGGAGGAGGAGAAGGAAGAGGAGGAUAUAUUAAACACUGCCACCGAUAUCAUGCAGAACCUUAUUCUAGAAAAUAUAGUCGAGGUUGCGGAGCAGUCCCUAGCAGAAUCCGUUCAGGAACUUAAGAAUGCAGAACAGAGACAUCUAGCGGAGGAAUUAAGAAAUAAAAUUGUAGAGGAGACUGUUAAGGAUAGUUUACGGGUUAUAUCGUCUGCUGCGUUGGAUGAUUAUAAACGCGAACUUGAGACAAAGAUUCAGCUGCUUGAAAAGAGAUUUAGAAACAAACUGUUGUCCAGAUGCUUCAAGAGCUGGAGAGGAUAUUCGCUACGUGCAAAAAAGCAGAGGCAGGUCAUCUCAGAUUUUCCAGCAGCUCCGUCCUUGCUCAGCUCGUCAGAGCAGAAUACCAGGCUGGCCGGAUUCUCAGGUUCAGGUUCCAAAAGAAUAUCAAUAUCUGAACGACAGAAAAACAUGAUGGAGUAUACUGCUUUGUUAAAGGACGCGGAGCUAAAAGAUUCGGUUCUUCAAAACCUGAUCCUGGAACCUUUUAAUAUCCCGGAGAUGCUCCAGGAAGCUCGGAGGAAUAAGAUCCAACGCUACUCCAUCGGAGUCAAGAUACUUCUUAGUUCCGACAAUCUGAGUUCGGAUUCCGAAUACUAUCCGUUGGAGCAGGUGAUAAAACGGAAGUUCCGGAAGAUGUUUCCUGUGGUGCCAGAGGAUCCGGAUAUCCUAGUUCUAAGAACUGUUCCGUUUAAUCUUGCCUCACUCUUUAUAUGCGUCAGAAAUAUAACAGAGGAAAACCUGAAACAGUCCACCUUUUCUGAGUCCGACCGUAAGACGAUAUUCUCCGGAACUACUGGAGUUCUCUUUCUAGAUCUAGACCCGGAGAAUCCAUCCGUGGACCGUCUCAGCUCCGUCCUUGUUAAUCGUCCUAAGAUCCCUCCUGUCCCAGUUCUAGUCCUAACACACUCCAGUCCGAAGCAGUUUAUAUCCAGCUCUCAGAUCAAUAAAUUCAAAGGUAUGAUUAUUCAAUUAAAAUUUUAUUUUUAAAGAUUGUAGAACUUA